AUGUCAAGUAGACUAUACAGAACUCGAACCGCCCCCGAGGAUAGGCCCCAAGGAGUCGAACGGGAUGCUUUAAGACGCGCCCACUCGAGUGCUGAAGAUGAACGUCAUGACUUGUUUCCCCCUCAAUUCAUGGAUGACCAUGGCGUACACCACUAUCAAGCCAAUGCCAGGCGAGAUGAGCUAGACGAGGAAGCGACCAUUAGCGACGAUGACGCCUCCGACGUCGAAACCAUACAGGAAGUGAGGUUCGGCGUCCGAGAUAGUCGAGAUGUUGAAGCAGAUCUUGCCGAGGUGAAGAGUGAGAAGUCUGCAAGAUCAGUAAAAGACCCUAACUUGGUGACGUGGGAAGGGCCAGAGGACCCCGAAAACCCUAAGAAUUGGUCAAACGGGAAGAAAUGGGCCGCAACCCUCAUUGUGUCCUCCUUCACCCUCAUGUCGCCUGUUGCCUCCUCGAUGGUUGCGCCUGCGUUGAACAAGAUAGGUGAAGAUCUAGACAUUGGAUCCGAGAUUGAAAAGUCUCUCACCCUCUCCAUCUUCAUCCUCGCCUAUGCGGUCGGGCCGUUGGUGCUAGGACCUCUCUCCGAAAUCUAUGGUCGAGUUAUUGUGCUGCAGUUGUCCAAUCUCUUCUAUCUCGCAUUCAAUAUCGGAUGCGGAUUCGCGAAGACUAAAGGCCAACUCAUUGGCUUCCGCUUUCUGGCUGGCCUGGGUGGUAGUGCCCCUCUGGCACUCGGCGGCGGACUCCUCAGCGACUGCUGGCGGGCCGAGGAACGGGGCAAAUCCAUUGCCAUUUACUCCCUAGCCCCCCUUCUCGGUCCGGCUAUAGGCCCUAUAGCAGGAGGGUUCAUAGCCAUGAAGACGACCUGGAGGUGGUGCUUUUGGGCGACGUCCAUCCUCGACGCCGGUGUUCAAGUCCUUGGUCUAAUAUGGCUGCGGGAGACAUACGCCCCGAAGCUGCUCAGUGUGAAAGCCAAAAGACUCCGAAAAGAGACGGGCAACGCUGAUCUUCACACUGAAUGGGAGCAUCCUGACAGGACCUUGGGAAAGGUUCUCAGCUCGAGCCUGGUCCGCCCAUUCCGACUUCUAGGAACGCAACCCAUUAUUCAAGCUCUUGCCAUCUACAUGGCAUAUCUCUACGGCAUCAUGUACCUUGUCUUGUCCACUUUCCCAUCGGUUUGGGAAGAAGUCUACCACGAAUCCGUCGGGGUUGGUGGCCUGAAUUACAUCUCUCUCGGUCUUGGCUUCUUCUUGGGCACUCAGGCAGGCGCAGUGGUCAAUGACCGACUCUAUCACAAACUGAAGAAACGGAACAACAACCAAGGAUCGCCGGAAUUCCGCGUGCCUAUGAUGAUACCAGGGGCUAUCCUAGUGCCUAUCGGGCUCUUCAUGUACGGCUGGAGUGCAUACGAACACACUCACUGGAUUGUGCCGAACAUCGGUGCAGCCAUCAUUGCCGCAGGUACUGUUUUGGGUUUUCAGUGCACGCAGACAUAUAUUGUGGACGCAUACCCCCGUUAUGCUGCCUCUGCCAUCGCCGCUGCGGUUGUUCUCCGAAGCUUGGCCGGGUUUGGAUUUCCUCUUUUUGCGCCCUAUAUGUAUCAAGCGCUACAUCUUGAUUGGGGAAAUUCGCUGCUCGGCUUUAUCGCCAUAGGCCUCGGGAUUCCGGCCCCGCUUCUGCUUUGGAAAUACGGGCGGUUAUUGCGCGAGAAAAGCACAUAUGCAGCAGGUUAA